UCUCCCUUGAGACGAAGACCGACCGAUCGGGUCAUCAGGGAGUUUGGUGAACUCUGCUCGAGUAGAAAUGAAUAACCUUAAAAUUUUCUACUCCUUUUGAAAAAUGAGUAAAGUUUGACCGCAAGUGAUAAAGUUUAGUAGUUCAGUCUUAUGUUGGUGUUGUUAUCAUUUUAAAUAGAAUUUGAGGAAUCCUCAAUCAUGGCGCUUCGAAAAGUUAAAGGAAACUUAGAACGUAUGUUUGACAAGAAUUUGACGGAUCUUGUCCGAGGCAUUAGGAACAACAAAGAUAAUGAGGCUAAAUACAUUGCUCAAUGCAUUGAAGAAAUCAAGCAAGAACUUAGACAAGAUAAUUUAUCUGUCAAAGCUAAUGCUGUAGCCAAACUGAAUUAUCUGCAAAUGAUGGGAUAUGAUAUUAGUUGGGCUGGUUUUAACAUUAUUGAAGUUAUGAGUUCCUCCAAGUUCACAUACAAACGUAUUGGUUAUCUGGCAUCUUCUCAAUGCUUCCAUACCGACACUGAGCUCCUUAUGUUAACCACUAACAUGAUCCGCAAAGACUUAAAUAGCCAAAACCAGUAUGAUGCAGGACUUGCUCUUUCAGCAUUAUCAUGUUUUAUAAGUCCUGAUCUGGCUCGUGACUUAGCUAAUGAUAUUAUGACACUGUUAACUUCAACAAAACCAUACCUGAGGAAAAAGGCUGUGCUAAUGAUGUACAAAGUGUUUUUACGGUUCCCUGAGGCACUGCGUCCUGCAUUUCCUCGCCUGAAGGAAAAACUUGAAGAUCCUGACUCAGGUGUUCAAUCUGCAGCAGUUAAUGUUGUGUGUGAACUUGCUCGUAAAAAUCCGAAGAACUACUUAAGCCUUGCACCAAUGUUCUUCAAGCUCAUGACAACAUCCACAAACAACUGGAUGCUCAUUAAGAUCAUCAAAUUGUUUGGUGCUUUGACUCCCUUGGAGCCUCGUCUUGGUAAGAAACUCAUAGAGCCUCUUACCAACCUUAUUCACAGCACAUCUGCAAUGUCAUUACUGUAUGAGUGCAUCAAUACCGUGAUAGCUGUUUUAAUCUCUAUAUCUUCUGGAAUGCCAAAUCACAGUGCUUCAAUACAGUUAUGUGUCCAAAAACUACGCAUUCUAAUUGAGGAUUCUGAUCAGAACUUGAAAUAUUUAGGACUGCUAGCCAUGUCUAAGAUUCUCAAGACUCAUCCUAAAUCUGUACAAGCACACAAAGACCUCAUUAUGCAAUGCCUUGAUGACAAAGAUGAAUCAAUUAGACUGCGAGCUCUUGAUCUACUGUAUGGCAUGGUGUCUAAAAAAAACCUAAUGGAAAUUGUUAAGAAGUUAAUGGUUCACAUGGAUAAGGCUGAAGGAACUACAUACCGAGAUGAAUUAUUGUCUAAAAUAAUUCAAAUAUGCUCUCAAAAUAACUAUCAGUUCAUUACAAACUUUGAGUGGUAUGUUAGUGUACUGGUGGAACUUACUGAUAUGGAAGGAACUCAGCAUGGAUCUUUGGUUGCCACUCAAAUGCUAGAUGUGGCAAUUCGUGUUCAAGCGAUUCGCAGUUUUGCAGUUUCUCAAAUGGCAAUUCUCUUGGAAAAUGCCCAUCUCUUUUUCCGACCAAGCUCCAAAAUGGCAGAUGUGCUCUAUGCUGCAGCCUAUAUUUGUGGAGAGUUUGCUACCGAACUCAAGGAUCCUCAAGACACUUUAGAUGCUAUGCUUCGCGGUAAAUUAGUGCAGCUUCCGGGACAUAUUCAGGCAAUUUAUGUUCAGAAUAUAUUGAAAGUCUUUGCUCACAUAUUGUAUCAAGAGGAAGAAAGAGGUGACAGCGAAGCAAUAUUACUGCUGUGUGAUUCUGUAGGUAACAAACUUAUACAAUUUGUGUCGAGUGCUGAUUUAGAAGUGCAGGAAAGAGCCAGUUCUGCAGUUCAUCUUGUACGAUACAUUCACAAACAAGUUAGCAAAAAUGAGACUGGCAUGUCAGAAGAAAUCAGUGCUCUUUUCACUGGAGAGCUGAAUCCUGUAGCCCCCAAAGCUCAAAAGAAAGUUCAAGUACCUGAAGGGUUGGAUUUGGAUGCUUGGAUAAAUGAUCCUCCACCAUCCAGCAGUUCUGAUGAGGAAGAUUAUAAAGAAGACAAUUCAAUAUUCAGCAAUGUAGUUGGCAAUAAAUUUGCGCCAUCAGCUAUCCCUGAACCAUCAGAGGAGGAACUUGAAAAGAGGAGAGCAGCUCGCAAAGUUGAACAGGCAAGCAAUCCUCACUAUUUGAAGUCAUCACAUUCGUCUAGCAAGAAUCGCAGCUCAGAAAAAAUGAAUGGGCAAGACGAUAUAAGCAAUAUUCCGAUGGCAGAAAUUGAUCUACCUAUCCCUCUUAAAAUACCAGGUCUUACUUCCUCCAAUCACUACAUGUCUCCUUCUAAAUCUUACAACGUUGAGAUUGAUAAGCCUUCUAAGAAGGACAAAAAGAAGAAAAAGAAACGCAAGAAGGAGAAAGUAUCAUCUGAAGAUGAUGAUGACAUUCAAGCUUUACAUGUUGUCAACACUGAUAUUGGAGAAAUGCCAGAAGGGGCACAACUCUCUGAUCCUGAUGACAAUGACAAUCGCCCUGAAGAUGAUCCCCAUCGUGCACUUGACAUAAAUCUUGAUGAGCCCUUACGAGAUGAGGAAAAGUUACCUGUGCCUGCUCAUCGCUUUGUGGAUGAAACUCUUCUCCCAAUUCAAGAUGAGCCUGAAGAUCAAGGUGAUUCUCAAGUUCUUGAAGGCAAUCAUGGAAAGUCCUCUGAAAAGCACAAGAAAAGGCAGGGUAAGGACAAAAAGUCUAAACACAAGAAAGAUUCCAAGAAGAAAUUGUUGGUAGAGGAAGAGCGUCAAAGAGGAGUGGGUAGUGAAGAUGCCAAAAAUGAUCUCACCAAUAGUGAUGAAUUGUGGCUCUCACUUGAUUCACCUUCUACAACCAAAGAGAAAAAAUCAGAGCCAAAAGAUAGUCUGGUUCCUGCUACAGGGGAAGAAAAAAAGAUAAAAAAGAGCAAAAAAAAGGUUAAAGACUCAGAAAAAUCUUCCAAACACAAGGAUUCUACCAAGUCAAAGGAGGGAUAUGAAGAAGCUGCUGGCAUUUCUACCCCCUCCAAGGAAAUUUUGAGCUUUGUUGAUAAAAGUCGUAGUGCACCUUCAGCUGCAGCUCCUCCACUUUCAGCUUACUCAAAAUUGGCAGCUGACAAAACUCUGCAGCUGGUGCAUGAAGUUCGAACUGUUGGCUUAGAAAACAAUCAAAUUAUAGUGUCGGUUGUUUUUAACAACAUUAGUACACAGCUUGUCAAAGAGCUAGACUUUAGUGUGUCCGAUUCUCCUACUAUAAAGUUAAUGAAAAGUGAUGUUGAUCAUUAUGGUGUAAAGCUUCCUUUUCAACUUAAGGCAAAUGCUUCUGGUGAAGCCUUAUUUGCUUUCCAAGUUUCUGAUGUUACCUUUGCUCAAAAACUAAGGUGUACUCUCACAUUCAUGAUAGAGGGUAGUGAUGGCAUUUCAUCUCAAGAAAAGCUUGACUUCUGGCUUCGUUUACCGUGUUCAAGCUUUAUGAUUGGCCGUCUAACUCAACGAGAAACCGUCACUGACCUGCUAGCCAGUGGUUCUCUCACUGCUCGAAGCAGCAUGACUCUGGAAAAUAUUAAUGUUGAUUUUUCUCAGAUUCUACAACGUGUCUGCUUCCAUGCUCAUUUUACCUUAGUUGAACAAGUGGAUUCUACAGCCUCUCUGUAUAGUCAUUCAAUUCAGCAGCACAAUGUUUGCUUACUUUUAAAAUUCAAUAUAUCAACCAAGACAUUAGUAGUGGAUGGUAAGAGUGACUGCAGCCCUUUGCUUUCCUCCAUCCUUGAGGAGGUCCAGGGUCUUCUUGCACCCUCUUCUUGAUGUGAUAAUGUAUCCCCCUCCAUGACAUCCUAGAUUUUUAAAAACAUGGUGGCUGAUUGGUGCCUUGGUGAGCGACGAUAGGCAAUCCUUUCUCACGCCUGAGUCCGCUACUUUAUAACCUGAAGAAAGAACGGCGCCGAUGGGCCACCAUGUGCAUCUUUUUUAUUCCAAGAAGAAAUUUUCCAUCUGUUAUGUAAACGUUGUUCAAUUUCUUUGUACUGACUAUAGAUGAGAAGUUGAAAAAGAUUGGUUUAUACCAGUGUGAUUGUUGGAAUCAGUUUUAGUUGAAGUCAGGGUUUCAUUCAAUAUUUUAGUAAAAGCGUGGACUUGUGUUUCAAGUUUUAAAUUUACGACUGAUUUAAUGGUGUAGUUUCUUCUGAUCUACAUAUUGAGAUUAAUAUUAUCUGUCUACUAUCCUACUCUUUUCUCUUAUCAAUACUGGAUAUGUUUUAAGUUGUAUUCCUCUUUACUGCUGUAUUAGUCGAAACUGUAUAGUGAAUUAGCCUGCCUCAUUUUGUGACGGAGGUGGAUGAGGUCUGUAAGAUCUCUAGGGCACACUUCACAUUUAUAAAUAAUUAUGAUCAUUGUUCUAUUUUGUUACAAAUUAUUCUAUGAGGAGUUUAUUGUACUGUAGAUUUAACAUAUGAGCUGAUAUUGUUUCCUGCUUGAAGAUUGAAAAGGCCAACUUAUUUUUGUAUUGAAACAUGUCAUAUUAUGAGCUUGAAGUCAAUUAAUCCACAAGUCAUUACAAGUAAAAAUAAAGUCAGAUUUAUCAGUAAAUUAGCAUCUGGUUUGAUCACAGGUAUAUUUUUACUGCAAAUCUGGCAGACUAUGCUUAAAACAUCCGUCCACCCCUCAUGUGAAAGUCUCAUAAAACAUUUUGAAUCGAGGGGGAUAGCUGAUCACAUUUUGUUCUGCGUUGGAAGACAAGCUUUGACCAUGAAAUUUCUUUAAAUGGAGUCAGCCUGUUUUCCAGUACCUUGUGUCAUGCAACUGACUGAUAUCUGUAAAUCUCUCUGAAAUUCGAUCUACUUUAUAUAAUCCUGUAUUCCAUACACAAGCUGCAAAUGAAUGUUUCUCUUAUCAUACACAUUCAUGCUAGAUUUGUAUAUUUUUAAAAAGGUAAAGCUUUUGUAUUUGAUGUUUUAGAUGCCAGGUAUUUUUUGAAGUCUGAUUCAUUUUAUUCACAAAUACUAUCAAUUAAAUCAUAUGUUGAUGCAAGUCCAGAAUUUGUGUAAUCAGACCUGCAUUUAGAUACAACUGAAUUCUGUUCUAAAUGUUGUUGGUUUAAAUUAUUUGACUUAAAAUUGGUAAAACAAUAUAGAUAACUAUGUGAUAUCUAAUGUUAUAGUUGUGUUUUAAACUUUCUGGCUACCUAUGAUCCACCCAAUUGUAAUCUAGUGCACUAGAAUGCGUGUGAUACUUUUACAUUGGUCAGAGGUCGAAGAUCUGUAUUUUGAGGGCAUUUUCCAGUGUGUUGUCAGUCACUAAAUUAACGUAUACUACAUAAAUUCAGUAGAUUUAGAACAUUCCAUUUUACCUUGUAAUCGAAUUUUCAGUUCUGAUCUUUCAAUGGCUGUUGUUCAUCUUAUAUAGGUCUCCUGCAGGCAAGAGAACAUGUGUAUCUGUAGCCUGUACUUUUAAUAUUUUAAGUCAAGGUCCUGAUUAGCUCAAGAACUGCUUAUCCUUUCAGAAUUUGAUGCACCUUGAGUGUGUCAUUUAUUUCUUUUUUUGUUGAUAGGAUUUUGUUUGUGUGGAGCAGAUUUACUAAUGGCCAUGCCUAAUAUUCUUAUACUAAGUAGGUAAUUAUCAUGACGUCUAUAUAUUUCAAACAAUAUUUCCUUGAGGAAAGGUGCUGAAUGAGGAAUGUUUCCUAUCUUAUCAUAUUCUUUUUGCUUCACUUCUUGUUUCAGUUUAAAGAUAUUCUGUUGUGUAUCCGCCUGGGCUUAUUUGUUAAAUGAUGUUCAAAUUUAGUUAUUUUACUAUGUUUUUUGUAUUGUAUUAUUGUUAAACUGUUGAGUGCUGAAGAAUUUUCUGUUAUUCGAGUAAAUGAUCUUUGAUAUGAUAAUAAAUUUAAUAAUUAUUGA